CCCGCGACGAAAUCUCCUGCGAGAACUAGACCAAACUGGCCCGCCGGAAACGUAAACAAAGCGAGAUUUUGCGGGACCGGGGCCUCUUCCGGCCGACCGGCUCGUGUUAACGUCCACUCGCGCUGAAACGCUUACGGCAGGCAUCUCACGUCUCUGCCAUCUGCGAGCUAAGGCCGAACGAGCCGCUCCGCAGGCCGAGUCGAUUCAGUGGACUGCGAAUUUUUCGAGACCUUAAUGGCGAAGGGUUUCACCGACGCUUACCUUCUUGUGCUUAAAGUUUCCUUAAUAAAGAAUUAACACUGACAUCCACUUUGAAAUCGACGAUGGACGACGAAAGGUGUUUUUUGAUAAUUGAUUCUUGGGGAAUUCGAUGAAGAUUUCUUAGUUUCAGAAUAAAAUGUAUUUAUUUAUAAUACUGCCAUUGCUGUCAUUUGCAUCUAUAUCGGACGACUAGACGGCAUUUACAUCGAGUUUGUUAUUGUAAUUGUAACAAUGUUGCCAAUAGUAAUAACAAUCUUGUACAGCUGUUUCAAUGUUACGAAAUGACAGAGACUGUUUUGUAUACAGCGUGAUAUUAAAUUGAUUUCAGAAGCCAGAGCGAUUAGAUUCUAUAGCUUAGCGCGACGAGGACGAGCCGAGCUUCAGCGAACGUCGCGUCUUCUUCCGUCGGUGUUCUUCGUUAGACGUUUCGACUAAUAAUAAAAAUGUAUCCGAAAAGCAAACAGCAGUCGCUGCCCCUUGCUCCCGCGUGCAGUUUCGGUUUGCUGGUGGCAGGGGGAGACGCGAGGGGCGAUGUAGUACGUGUUUGUUACGCCGCGCGCGACUGGCACGAGGAAUAAUAAAUCCUCCGGCACCGCUUAGUAUGCCGGAAUAUUCAGCCGAAUGGCUGAUCUUUUAUUUAUCAGUCCUUGCGACGGACGAGGAAACCGAUCGCUCCCUCGUCAUUUGUUCGCCGAUUUCGCGGGGAAGCACCGGCCUGCAGCUUCCAUUCGAUUCGGCCGCGUCGCCGAAGGGACACCCGGGAUUCCCAUCGAUCUAUCGAAGUUGCGCAAGUGUUCCGCGAUGGGACACGGUUACGUGACCGUUAGGUGGCACACGCCUGCCGCUAAUUCCCUCGAUUCCGACCGAAAACGCUGUGCGAGUCUCGUAAUUGCCUCAGGGCUUUUAGCUUCUGACGUCCGACGAUUGCGCACUGCGCAGUCCUCGGAAACUGGGUGGGAAAUUGAGCAGGAAUUCUAGGAAAAGCCAUCAGGCUAAUCACCAGCAAUUUCUCUGAAUACACACCGUAGAGUCUAAGGAUGUAUUUUGAAUCGUUGACGGUAGCUACCGAAAGCUUAAUUUCUCCAGCAUUAACUAACUGUGCUUAUUAAAGUAACAGCGAGUCUUCGGUGCGAGUCUUGAACGCAAGAAACUUCGAACACUCGAGUUGAAGGAAGUAUUUUAAAUACCUGCCGGCAGCUUCCGGAAGCUUAAUUUCUCCAGCGUUAACUCCGCUGCGCCCUUAAGAUAAUUACAGUAACAUUUUAUAGAUUGCAAAACAGUGGGCGUUCCGUGAAGUUCACAUUGACCCAAAUGGCUCUUCCCAGCAAUCAAGUUAACUUCCGAUCCACUGUUUUAAUCGGAUUAGAAGGAAACGCGGUAAAGGCUUUGACGAGAGCCACGCGCUUCGCGUCGCUCGGUACUUCGGCUUUAAUUGUAUGUGACCCAAAUGGCGCACGAUGGUUAAACGAACGCGGUCUACGAAGGAAAGGCCUCGCAGGGAAAUGUAUCUGCACCACCACCGACGUGGACACGCUUCUCUAUCACAUGAACAACGCGAGGUACCUCCGCGAGCUGGACUUCGCGCGAGCGGACUUCUACGAGAGGACGAGCCUGUACCGCGAGAUCUGCUCGCAAGGGUCGGGGGUCGUGCAGGGGGCAGCGACCAUUCGGUACCGUCGGUUCGUCAAGCCGCUGUCUAUCUUUAAGAUAACGUCCAAGAUAAUAUAUUGGGACGAGAGGUCGGUGUUCAUGGAGCACAGGUUCAUCACCCCUAACGACGGGUUCAUCCGGGCGAUCGCGAUUUGCAGGCAAAGACUGUUGGAUUGUAGCGCCGAGGCUGUGAUCGGAUCCCUCAUGGAACGAGGAGUGAAACAGACCGGUAACGUGGAGGCAGGCGUCACUCAGAUGCCGCACGUCAGGCCGGAGAUGCCGCCGGAAGUCGCCAGGUGGCUAGAGAGCAAUGAAAUCUCGUCGGCGUUGCUCCGCCAGGCCGCUGCGGUGACGACCAAUUGCUGACAAAGGGAGGAUACGCCUUCCACCACGAAUGGCGUCGUUUCCGCUUCCGUCUACGCAACCACGACAGUAUAAAGGUCGAACGUGUUCGACGAACUCGCCGGGCGCACCGGUCUCUUCGGACUGUUCACGGGUCAGCUUCGGGUUCAACCGUUUCAAGGCGACAGGACACGAGUGAUCGUUACGCUUAAAAGCUUUUACAGGCCGUGAUCUUGAUCGCGCUCUUGUAGAUCGUUGCGAAACGAUCGGACGCGAACGUGUACACGGUGUCAAAGAAAGUACCUUCUGAUCUAUGGGAAACAAGAUGCACGUAUACAGGGUGUCCCGCGGUAGAUGUUGCGAGCCUGUGUUCACGAAUCCAUCGACCCCUGAAUUCUAGCGUAAUAUCGAGCUUAGGAUAAAGUUCUCGAUCGAACUCGACGAAUCAUUCCUCGAAGUCGACACUUGAUUCUCCUGUUAUCGACGCUUUGCUCUCGACGAUGUUUCUCGUUAUAAAUAGUCGUCACUGAUGAAGCAUCGAUGAUACUAUUUGCAACUAACGCAAGAAAGUGUCCUGCGCUGACGAAGGAACUUAAUUAUUUUAUUUCAUACGUCGAUACGUUACAGAAAGUUCAAUAUAGAAUUUUGAAUUUGACGAUUCUAUUGCGUUGCAUCGAAUGGAGACUGAUAGUCGCUCAUUGAGCGCAAGGGUUAAUACUUAACACUUGGUCAACCGCGAUAAUCCUCAAUUAUGAACAAUUCCACUUCGAAACUCGUUAAGUAACAAACGAAGUAAACAAUUAGAAAGACACCGCGUUUCUAAUUGUAAUGGAUCAAACCUCCCCGUUCGGUUGACCAAGUGCUUAACCCUUCGCACACGUAACAUCGCUUCCGAGGCGACAGUUUAAAUAUAAAUAUUCGAUAAUUUACACGUGGAACGUAACAUAUUAAAAUCUCCGAGCGCAAAGGGUUGAUAGUUGCGGUACACGUAGAAACACGCCGGUAGAAUCCCCGUCCCCUCCAGUUAUCCGCAAAACAAGUCGCGCGGCAUUUAAGAGAAAAAGAUUUUCCAGCGACCAGCGGUCUCAGCGAAGGUUACACAAAUGUACAUAAACGCGUCGCAAUUUAUAAAAAGCCUGUUUGUACGGUGCAGUUUAAAAAAGACGAUUACGUACAGCAGGGUUUAAAAAAGGCGAUCGCGUCGACGUCAAUGCGUUCGUGAGUAUUGGCUCGUAACGCGUUUGGUUAUAUACCCUGUGUAUAGAUAUAUAUCUAUGUACAUGUAUAUAUUAUAUAUAUAUAUAUAUACAUACAUAUAUAUGUGUACACAUAUAUACAGAAAGAGAAAGAGUACAAAAAGAGAGAUAGACGAGAAACUAUUUUGCUAGGCGACGCGAUGACGUGGUUUCCGGCCGUGGGUUCGCCUCCCCGCGAUAAACGGCGGAGAAAUGCGUGUUCGAGCGGUUCGGUGUUUCAAUAGAAUCCCGAUCACGGGACUACGUAAGUACUUACAUAGUAUAUACACAAAAAGGCUGCCACGGUGACUUCAAAGAAGACUCCACCGAGGUCGAGGAUAGAGCGCUACUGUAAAAACGGAGCUUCCAAAGCUUGGUGGAUCGGCUCCGCCGGAUGUUCUUCGUUGACGAUCGUUGUCGAUCGAGGUUCCGCGCGACCCACGUUAUUUACAAUCUUUUUUAUCGUUGAUCACCCGAGCCCGGCGUCGACGGAACGAUCGUUUCGGAAGCGAGGUCGAAUCGCGCGGUACGCCAUUUGCAGGACAAACGGGAAUCGUAACAAUCUAUUUUACGAGCCGAUGCCGAGAACAGAGGCGUUUAUAUUUCUACAAUGCACUCGACGUGCCUUCACGCGGAUCGUGACUGCGAAUCGCAUUCCAGGCGGUUCGGGACGUAAACGUUUUCAUUCCUUUUCUUUCUCCGUUCACCUCGCCGGUUUCGGCGUCUUUCCGGGGAACAGGAGCUGCGCGCGCACUUACAAUCGAUUCUUCAAGUUGUACGAGGUCUCCAUCGCCUGCGCCGGUUUCCGGGCGAACCGCGUGGAAAAGUCUCUCCUCCUACCGAAUGUUUCGACUUGAAAGCCGCAUCUCGUAGUUCGGUCAUUUAUGUAGGCGCGGGCUUAGCCAGCCCCGACAGCUCUAGCAUUGUGCAC